AUGGAUGCCACAAGUCGCGGAAGUGGUCUGAAACAAAACACUUUUCCAAAAACCCAGUACAACGAGGUUUCGUUGAGGACUUUAGUCAUUUCCAAGAAUCAGAGUAACGCCACUGGGACACGACUGUCGCCCACGUCCCCCAAAAUAGGGCUCCCAUUGGGACUGGGAAAUCAACGCAGGCCGAGUGAAAAUCUGUCGUCGAAGUUCAGUAAUAUGAAAGCGGAGAUUGGCACUCCCCUGGAUACAAACAAAAUGAAGAUGGAAAACGAGUUGGCAUCUUUUGACGAAUUCUCGCCUCCCAACAAACGCUUCAUGAUGAGAAACGACAGGCCUAUCUCUGAUGAUUCCAUUGGCACAAAAACCUCAGAAUUGUUUUCGUCUCCCUCUUCUGAUUACGACUCGGGGAGGUCAUCUAUUGAACACGAGUUUGAGGCAUUGGGUAUAAGUAAAAGUAAUGUGAGGGACAGAAACUCCACGAUUUCCGAAGGUAAUUCUACUUUGAUGAUGAAUCAAAGCAAUAUCGACAUUGAUAUACACACCCCAAACAACGGCGAUGUGCUAUCAGUAUCUUCCGCGAGUGAGAAGUCCCUACAGUCAUCACCUUUGAGAACCAAACUUAUAUUCAAGAAUAAUGCAGAUGGGUCGGCGACCACUUUGAAGCAGAGUUCUUAUCGUCACGCUAAUGGCAGCGAGCCGAUUCUGCAACAGAUCUCAAGGCCGUACCAGUUGAAUGAAACGAAUACCGGUUACAACCAAUCGAAAUCGUUCAGCAACGGUGGUCCGAUUACGGCAGGAACCACAAACACAAACAUAUAUGGUCAUUCCAACAGUACAACAGCAAUUUUACCAAAUAAGAUUCCGUUAACUGCUUCCCAACGUUACAGACUUCGUAAAGAGCAGACUGAAACCUCGCUGAGAAAAUCGAUCAAGAAAAAGGAGAGGUUCUACGACGAACAAGACCCUGUGGUAGAUUUGCAAGAGGGGGAUAUUGACGAUUCUUUGAUAUGGAAUAUACCAAUGGCAUCCUUCUCAACUAGUGCGUUUUUAACUUCAUCUGGACCUAAACAUAAGCAUGUGAUGAAUCAUCAACCAAAUAGGUUGCAAAGCGGACCAAGGGAUCAAAGUGAACUGAACGUUACACCUCAAAAAGACAACAACCCGUCCAUGUAUAACAAGAACUUGAAAACCCCGGACAACUCCUUCGCCAAUGAAAAAACGACUUUUGGUAGUCUCGAUUUCUUCCAAAUGCCAACGUCACCUAUUCCUGGUAUCAAUCGGGUUUCAGAUUUCCAGUACAUUAAAAAUACGACAAAAAACCUGUCCGAUGUAUACAUUCAAAGCUCGAGUACCUUGUCUAAAUCGAAAUUGACCGAAAGAACGAAUUCGGCGGACGUCUUACCUAUCGAAUUGAAGCAAGCUAGUGAUGAAGGCCUGGAGGAUUUGAUCUUGAUAUCGAAGGAUAAAUUGGACAUGAUGAGUCACUCAAGACCGAGCUGGUUACCACCGAAGGACGUGGCCGAGAAGAGAGCGCAUGAGAAGCAGAUAUCCAAAAGCAUGAGCAUGGCGUCCAUCGACCAGCUUGACAGAACGUCGGAGCGUGAACAAAGGAUGAUAAGGGAUGAGACAAAUAAGCAAAAGUUUAUUCUGCUGUUAGAUAGGGAUAUUACACGCAAGUCUUCUUUAAAAAGUUUGAAGAAAAUGAUAUGGGAGACAGCACUCACUGCCGAUGUUAGAUCCAAGGUCUACAGUGAAGUAUUACAAGGUAACGCAAAAAUUAUCACUUCGCGGUAUUUGGAGUCAUACGAGCAAGUCCUCCAAUUAAUCAAUAAAAUGGACUUCCCCAAAAACAAAGAGCUUGAAAUAGAUCAGAGCAUCAAUCGUGUUAUUCGUACUAAGCGGAACGGGGAAGACGAAAUAUCGAAGGACUUAAUGUUGAUGUUACAAUUAAAAUCCAUUUCUUCAGCCGGUUUACUUCCUGGAGACGAAUUACUAUUCCACCAUUUCCUAUCUGACGAGUCCUUUGGGUCUUUGAAGGAUGUUUGGGAGGCUGUGAAUUUGAUUCAACUGGCGUGCUUCAAUGACGUUUGCCAGGAACAAUAUGACGAAAAGAUUGUGUCACCGAAAAGUAUCAUGGGUUCGUAUCUGCUUCGUACGGACGACUUCAAAGACGAAUUCAACCAAGACUGCUUGAACUUUAACACGUGGUGGAAUGUACUGGAACGUGUUGAUCAUACGUUAUUCAUGUGGAUUAUGGAUAUUAUAGUAGUGCACAACGGCCAGCCGUUCAGCAACUCCCCUGUAAACCCUGAAAUGUUCGCGAAAAAACCGUGGGAGUACUAUCGCUCCGCCAAAGUCAUCAGCAACUACAAAAUAUUGUUAUCGUUUAGUUUGAACAUUUUACUGAACUACCAUUUUGGUUUCAUGGACAUGAAGAGUCUUGCCACGCAGGACGACUCAAACUUCUGUAUACCGAUACCGAUGACUGAACUGAUCGAUAUGGAGAACGUCAACAGCAUUUUUGUUAGGAAAUGGCUUCAUUAUUAUAAAAAAUUCUAG